AUGUCUAACUUUUCAAAUUCUAUAGACACACAACGAUUAAAUAAUGUUUUUGAUGAUAUACCUUUUAACUCUGAACAAGAUAAUAAAAUAUAUACUCAUAAUUUUCAAGUUGAUGGUCCCUAUAAUUUCAAAUCUAUAGAAUACGGUUUACAGGGAAGACAAAAUAAUUAUAAAAAGAUAAUGAAUUCUCCAUAUGGAUUUCUUUAUGGUAACAACACACAAUUUAAUUUAUCAUCUUCAAUUAUUAACCCAUCCUUUUUUUUCUCCCGACUUGAAAUAGAAAGUAAAUUUACUUUUUAUUCAGAAAUUCGUGGUUCAAAAUUUAUUUUAAGAGUUGAAGUUACUAGUGAAAGUGGUAUAAAGAAUUUUAAGUCAAUGGAAAAUCAAAAUAAUGAAGGUUCAAUAAUAUGUGGUAUUGAAUGUUUAAUAACAGGGGAUAUAUAUAAUGGUAUAUUUGAAAUUAUUGUUGAAAAUUCAAUUUUAAAUUCUGAACUAUUAUUUGGUAUAUUUGAUCAAGCAAACCAAUUCAUUAAUAUUCCAUUUAUUUAUAUUUCAAAUCAAUCAUUUCCAUCAGUGGAACUAUUUGAAAAUUUUAAUGAAUUAUCAUAUGAAUUGGAAAGUAUUAAUGUUACAAAUACAAUUGUUGCAAAUAGAGUUUACUUUAAUUUUAAAGAUAAAGUACCAAUCGAUUUACCAUUAAAUUUUGUUACCCAAAAGAAAUCAUUAUUACAGAAUAAUCUUAAAUCAUUUCCAGUAGUUUGGAAUUCAGAAAUCCAAUUAUACCAAUCUGAUUUUUAUGUUGAUGCAAAUAUAUAUCAUGGUGAAUUAACCUAUGGUUUUUCAUAUAAAAACUUUAUAAUUGAUCAUUCAAUAUUUCCAAAAUCUUUUCAAUUAAAUGUAACUUCACAUAAUAUGGAUAGUUAUGGCCCAAUAUUUAAAACAAUUCAAAAAACUUAUAAUGUAAUUUCAUCAGAAGAUACUUAUGGGAAAUUUAUUGGUUGGAAUAUUGAAAUUGAAGAUUUACAUAAUGGAUUUGAAUAUGGUAAAAUUACUGUAAGAGGUUUGAUUGACUCAUCCUUGUAUGAAAUCGAAUUUACUACUUCAGAUUUAAUUUCAGGUGAUUCAUUUUUUGGAAUGUAUGAAAUAGGUUUUUUAAUAUACUCUCCAUGUAAAAGUCAAUCAUAUGUAAUAACUGAUGUAUUUUUAAAUGACACAAUAGGUCAUUAUUCAAGAUAUAGUAAUGAUAGAAUUCCAGAUUUAUACGAUUCAUUUAAUCCUUUCAUUAAUUUCUUGGAUGAUUUUGAUAUUUAUACUAUUACUUCCGUUUGCGAAUCUGAACCAGAUUUUGAUACCACUCCUCCAGAAUUGAAAGAGUUUACUAUUUCACCUAAAUCUAUUGACGUUGGCUCCGUUGAUAGAAAAAUAACUAUCACCUUUAUAACUGGUGAUUUGGAAAGUUCUAUUGUACCAAACUCAAAUCCAAUUGUAUAUUUAAGCAGUGUUGGUUUAGAUAUAUUGGAAUGUAAAUCUAGAGUUUAUACUGCUACAAAAUUCUCAACCAAUAUGACGAACGUUCCAUAUAAAUGUGAAAUUGAUUUACCAAUUGGUUUUGGUUAUCCAUAUGGAAUUAUAGUUUCAGUUUAUGGUAUAGUAAAUAGUUAUAAUUAUUUCAGAGGCUAUUCAUCAUAUGACUUGGGUCAACUCGGUUUUCCAUUUACUAUUAAUGUAAAUUAUUCCAAUAUUACCCCAUUAAUUACUGGAAAUAGUGAAAUGAAUAGCAAUGGUGGUGAUUUAUGGAUUUAUGGAAGAUGUUUUGAUGGAGUUGAUAGUGUUAAUGUUAUUUACUCAAAAAUCCAAACUCCACCACCACAAUUACCAACAAAUAAUAAAACUGAACAAAUAGUUAAAAUUUAUCCAAGUGCAAUCUUAAUUUCAAAUAUUAAAUAUACAACUGGAUCAUAUACAAUUCUAUUAAAAAAAUCACAAGGUAAUAUUUUAUCAAAUGAAUAUACAAUUAAACCAUGGAUUGCUAUUCCAACUAUAAGAAGACCAGUAACUGAACCACCAACACAAUCUCCAAUUUUACCAACAAAUUCACCACAAGAAUGUAAAAAUAAUUGCGGUGGACCAAAUAAAGGUAAAUGCGUUACAACUGGAUGUUUUUGUAUAUCUCCAUAUAUUGGGCUUGACUGUAGUUCUAUUGUAAUAACUAUACCACAACCAAAGCCAAACUCUACUGAACCAAACUUAUCUAUUGACAUUCCAUCGAAUGAUGAUGAUGAUGGUGAAAUAUCAUUAAUAACAUUUAAAUCAAUUAUUAAUUUAGUUGCAAUUAGAGAAAUUACAUUUGAUGAUUCAGUUUAUAAAACCCAUAGAUUUGAAAAAUGGGUUUCAACAGAAAUUAAUGAAAAAACUCAACAAUAUAUAACAACAAUUGGUGAUGAUAUUAAUAAUCAAACUAUUGUUAAUGUAACAUUACAAUGGUUUGAUAAAGAAUCUAAUAUUACUUUUGCUCAACAAACAAUUAAAAUGAAUCCUUCAUCUGUUAAAUACACAAUUGAACUUUCAAAAUAUAAUUUUAAUUCAGCAUUAAAUAGAUUACAAUUAGUAAUGUCAGCACAACUUGAAACUAAUUCAAAUGAUGAUUCAAUUUGUUCAGCUAAUGAAUUUGGUGAUACCAGUACAGGUGAUGAUUCAAAUUAUAUUAAAAUUCAAAUUGAUCAACAUUCACUUUAUGGUAGAUUAUUAAAAAGAGGUAUUAUUGAUAAUAGAAUAGUUUCAAUUUCAAAUUCAAUUUUAGAUAAUGAAAUGAAUGCAAUUAAAACACCAACAAAAUCACAAUCAUUCAUUGGUAUUGAUAUACCACAUUAUUCUGUUUCCUCAAUCAUUGAUCCAGAUUUCUCGGUAUUAUUAGAUAUCCUACCUAUCUCUGAUUCAAGUAAUUCAAAGUGUAAUUCAAAAUCUGGUGGUGGUUUAUCAUCUGCUCAAUUGGCUGGUAUUAUCAUUGGUGCUGUAGGUUUUGCUGCAGUUAUUGGAAUUUCUGUUACAUAUAAUUUCGUUAAAACUAAACAAAAGAAAUCUUUUGAGAAAUCAAUUCAAAUGAAAACAAAUAAAAUAGCUUAA